AUGGGAGACAAAGGAUAUCCAGCGCAAGGCCCGAUCUUCUGCUUAGCUUUGUUCAUUGUAACGCUGCACCUCGUUCAUGGAGACCUGAGUUAUACUAUUCCAGAAGAGAUGAAACGCGAGGCUGUUAUUGGAAAUGUAGCCAAAGAUCUCGGUCUCGAUCUGAGGACCUUAUCUUCCCGAAAGGCCCGCGUUGAUUUUGAGGGGACUCGUAAACGGUACUGUGAUAUUAAUCUGAGUACCGGAGAUUUGAUCACAUCGGAGAGAAUUGACAGAGAAAGCCUUUGUGGAAAGAAACCCUCGUGUGUCGUGAAAGUAGAUCUGGUGUUAGAAAAUCCUCUCGAGCUUCAUCGAUUAAGUCUCCAUAUUCAAGAUGUUAACGACAACUCGCCGAAAUUCAAAAAGCAAUUGAUUGAAAUGGAAAUAAGCGAGUCAGCUGACAAAGGUUACCGUUUCUCUAUCGAGGAGGCUCAUGACGCAGAUAUAGGUCAAAAUGCUGUUCAAAGGUACAACCUGCAGAAGAACGAUAACUUUAUUCUCGCUGUUGACAGCAACAAGGUUGAACUCGUGCUGGAGAACAAGCUUGAUCGAGAGAAACAGAAAGACAUUAAUUUGCUUCUCACAGCUUUAGAUGGAGGCUCUCCUCAGAGAUCAGGUACUGUAGUCAUUCACGUCACUGUACUGGAUGCUAAUGAUAACGCCCCAGUGUUUAGCCAGGCCGUUUAUAAAGCCAGUCUGCCUGAAAACUCUCCUCCAGAUACCAUAGUGAUUAAUGUUAGUGCUACUGACGCAGAUGAAGGAGUGAAUGGAGAUGUGACGUAUGAUGUAAGUCAUGUGUCUGACCAUGAUAUAAAUGCAUUUUCUAUCGAUCCGAAAACUGGAGAAAUUAAAGUAACUGGUGUGAUUGACUUUGAAGAAAGGAGUUCUUUUGAAAUGAGAGUGGAAUCUAGAGAUGGUUUAGGACUAACCUCUUAUGCCAAAGUCAUAAUAGAUGUUACUGAUAUAAAUGAUAAUGUUCCGGUGAUAUAUCUGAAAUCUCUCGCCAAUCCCAUACCUGAGAACGUGUCACCUGGUACAGAGGUGGGCAUCAUCAACGUGCAGGACAGAGACUCUGAGACUAACAGACAGGUCCGCUGCUCCAUUCAGCAAAACGUCCCCUUUAAGUUGGUUCCUUCUAUUAAAAACUAUUAUUCUCUGGUGACCACAGGACAACUGGACCGUGAACUAGUGUCUGAUUACAACAUUACAAUCACUGCCACUGACGAGGGCUCUCCACCUCUGUCCUCCUCUAAAACUGUUCAGUUAUCUGUAGCAGACAUCAACGACAACCCACCUGUGUUUGAGGAACAGUCCUACAGCGCUUAUGUGACUGAAAAUAACAAACCUGGCUCCACUUUAUGUUCCGUUACUGCUCGAGACCCCGACUGGAGACAAAACGGUACAGUGAUUUAUUCUCUGUUAGCCGGUGAGGUGAACGGUGCCCCGGUGUCCUCCUACCUAUCUGUUAACGGAGACACGGGGGUGAUCCACGCUGUGAGGUCGUUUGAUUAUGAACAGUUCAGGAGUUUUAAAGUCCACGUGAUGGCCAGAGACAACGGUUCUCCUCCGCUCAGCAGCAACGUGACCGUCAGUGUCUUCGUAUCGGACGUGAAUGACAACUCUCCUCAGAUACUGUACCCCGCCCCGGAGGGCAACUCCUUCAUGACCGAGCUGGUCCCCAAAGCUGCACACGGAGGCUCUCUGGUGUCCAAAGUGAUAGCGGUGGACGCGGACUCCGGACAGAACGCCUGGCUGUCCUAUCAUAUAGUCAAAUCCACUGAUCCGGGACUUUUCACUAUUGGUCUCCACAGCGGAGAGAUCAGGACACAGCGGGACAUUUCUGAAUCUGACAGCAUGAAACAGAACCUCAUUGUGUCAGUGAAAGAUAACGGACAGCCCUCUCUCUCUGCCACCUGUUCCAUGUAUUUACUUAUUUCUGAUAACUUGGCUGAGGUGCCAGAACUGAAGGAUAUUUCUUACGACGAGAAGAACUCCAAACUGACCUCUUAUCUGAUCAUCGCGCUGGUGUCUGUGUCCACCUUCUUCCUGACCUUCAUCAUCAUCAUCCUCGGUGUGAGGUUUUGUCACAGGAGAAAGCCCAGACUGUUGUUUGAUGGAGCAGUUGCCAUCCCCAGCGCUUACCUCCCUCCUAAUUACGCAGAUGUUGACGGCACAGGAACUUUACGCAGCACUUACAACUAUGACGCCUACCUGACAACAGGAUCUAGAACCAGUGACUUUAAGUUCGUGUCCUCUUACAAUGACAACACACUGCCUGCUGACCAGACUCUGAGGAAAAGUCCAUCAGACUUUGUUGACCCGUUCGAUGAUUUAGAGCCGGCUGUAGAGGUAGGAACAUGUUAA